GUGCAGUAUUUUUGCUAAAGCUUCAUACACAUUGUAUAUUGGGUGUGUUUUUGCAGCCGCUAAUUCUUAAAGCAGACAAUUACGCUGCCGUCGAAUUUACAAUUAAUUAUUGCAUCAGAUAGUACCAUAUUCACCCUACUGUAAUUCAGACUUUGAUGGACUGGUAAUAAUGUUGUUGCCUUAGUUUGUUUGUUCAUACUCGAGUAUUCAUUCAUGCGGAAACGUAAUCAUACACAGCUCUGGGCUCACAGAGGAGAAAAAGACAAGGAAGCCUGUUAAAAUGCCUAAUUUGGGGGAAAAAACAUGUAGAAUUGAACGUAUUUUACACAGAAGAACACGUUUUGUUAUAUCGGAUAAUUCAUCAUUUAAUUCGUUUUUCAAAGUUGUUUCCCCAGCACACAGAGAUGUAUCUUGUAAGGUCUCGCAUAUUUAAGGAUAGGAACUUAGAUUUUAAAACAAGCCUAACCACUAUAGAGAGUUUGCACGUUUUUGUUUGACCGUGGAUUUUUCAUACACAUCGUAAAUUGUUAACUGUUAAAGUAAAGGUUAACUCAAAACUAGCCUAUGAUACGUGAAUGUGUCUCGUCGGGGUUUAGCUCACCUCUUGCCCAGCUACUGUCUAGAUAAGCCCAGUUUUGCCUUAAUUGUAACAAUUUGAUAAACUAGCAACUGUAAACUGGCGUAGUAUGAGUGAGGCUGGUUGUAUCGUUUAUUUGUACCCAGCAAUUGCCAUCCGGUGUUUUAUGCCAGUCACCUGCUCCGUGCAUCCCAGUACUGAAUAUGUGGGUUAAAAAUGAAUGGAUGUUUUCAGCGGGAAAUGCACCAAACUAGUGUUCUACGAGCUUGGGUUGCUACAAGAAGAGGUGUUGGUGAAUCAAUCAGGGGGUACUGACUUUGUAGAUCCCAGUGAGCUGACUGGGAACACUGCUGAAAAAAAUGCCCUUUGGAGGAAACCGUAAAACGAAGACCCUGACUGUCUGUGAUCAUUAAAGGUUAGGCUUCUGACCUGCAAUAACAUGGAGUAUGGGAAAGAACGAGUGGUGGCCCUGGUGGAUAUGGAUUGCUUCUACGUUCAGGUAGAACAGAGGCUUAAUCCGGAGUUGAAGAAUAAACCCUGUGUAGUAGCACAGUACAAAACAUGGAAAGGAGGAGGUAUUAUAGCUGUUAGCUAUGAGGCUCGAGCUUUUGGUGUUACAAGAAAUAUGUGGGCAGAUGAGGCCAAAAAACUCUGUCCAGACCUUCAUGUUUUCAGAGUCCAAGAAGCCCAUGGAAAAGCUGAUCUUACCAAGUACAGAGAGGCCAGUGUGGAGGUCAUUGAAGUUAUGUCUCGGUUUGCAGUGAUAGAACGAGCUAGCAUUGAUGAGGCUUACAUGGAUUUGACAAAUUUUGUGGCACAAAGACUGAAAGAAUCAACAGAGGACAUGCUUCAUCCUGAUCGUCUAAAAAGCACUUAUGUGGAAGGUUUCCCAAAGAAUGAUGAUGAGAUGCUGAUUGAAAAAGAAGAGAAGCGAUUGUGUGGAUUGAAGGAGUGGCUACAGUGCUUAUCCUAUAACCCUAGUUGUCCUGAACUUCAGCUUAUGGUAGGAGCAAUAAUUGUUGAAGAGAUGAGAGCGGCUGUUGAAGCAGAAACUGGUUUCAGAUGCUCAGCUGGGAUUUCCCAUAAUAAGGUUUUGUCUAAGCUGGCUUGUGGUUUGAACAAACCAAACCGACAGACAAUUUUACCACUGGCAUCUGUGCCCAGUCUCUUCAGCAACUUACCAAUCAGUAAAAUUCGCCUCCUUGGUGGAAAGCUGGGAACUUCCAUCAGUGAGAGUUUAGGAAUCGAGAACAUAGGUCAGCUUACUGAAUUCCCUGUGUCACAGCUGCAGAGCCACUUUGGAGAAAAGACUGGGCAGUGGUUGUAUGAGUUAUGCAGAGGAAUAGACUUCGAGCCUGUGAAGCCAAGGCAGUUGCCAAAGUCCAUUGGCUGCAGUAAGAAUUUUCCAGGAAAAACUGCCUUGGCAAGCCAGGAACAGGUGCAGCACUGGCUGCUGCAGUUGGCAUUAGAACUGGAAGAAAGGUUAAUGAAAGACAGGGAAAUGAAUAAUCGGGUGGCUAAACUGCUGACUGUAGGUGUGCGGUUUCAAGGAGACAAGCGAGCAAGCAGCUUUUCCCGGUGCUGUGGGUUAUCUCGCUAUGAGGCCCAGAAGAUUGCUCAUGACAGCUUUGCUUUAAUUAAAAGCCUUAACAAUGCUGGAAACCAUCAGUCUACUUGGUAAGUCAAAUACACACUACAGUAUUACUUUUAGUAACCAUGAACACAUAUAUUGAACAAAGUGAAAUCAGAUGUGCCUAAUUUUAUUUCAUAGUUUGCAGACCUUUCUGCUUUGAUUUCUCUAAUUUUCACCUGUAGAAAAAUUGCCCCC